UUCAAUUGCAACACACCUAUCGAAUGGAACUGGAAGUUUCCACGUUUUGCUUCCAUUCCCAUUGACCGACCGUUUUCGCGUGCUGUUUAGUCACUCGCUGACGCAAUGGACGAACAUAACGUGCAUCACUUCUGGGGCAUCAGCCCGGCUGUCGAUCUGGGGACCCUGCUGCCCACGGGAGAUGGAGCCGCGGACCUUCCGGUUGACCAGCCGGUGCGAUUCCUGCAGGUGGCCCCCUAUGACGCGCGCCACACGCUCACCACCCUGUCACGUGCCUGCCGACACCCGGCGCUCAUGAGGCAGCUGCCACCGGGCCAGCCGGCCUGCCGGCUGUACGUGUGGGAGGACAGCCCCGAGGGCCUGGCGCGCCACGUGCUGCUGGCGGCGGUGCUGCUGGACGGCGGGGUGCCGGCGGCGCAGCGCGGGCAGCUGCUGCUGGAGCUGCACGGCAAUGCGGUGCUCAGGCGCCGGGCGGCGGAGUACCUGGACGAGAAGGCCCGGCAGCUGGAGUCGCUGUUUGUGGGUCUGGCCGCGGGUCAGCCGCCGCCGGCCGGGCCGGAGGCGGAGGCGCGCGGGCUGGCGGCGCUGGCUGCCCUGCUGGACCUGUCGCUGCUCAAGUUCCAGGAGAAGGACCUCAUCGUGGAGGCGCUGCAGCGCUGGCGCCUGCCCAACCCCACCUCCUCCACCUCCACCUCCGCCGCCUCCGCCUCUGCCGCCGCCGCGCCGUACGACAUGGUUGCCGCCUGGGACGGCCGCUGCCGCAAGGUGUACGGAGGAGGCGGGUGCUGGGAGCAGCUGUAAGGGAGGGGGAGGGGAUGUAGGGUGCUUGCGGAUGCUGGGCACAUGGGGGGUGGGCGCACUGCGCAGGGAUGUACAUGUGUGUGUGUGCAUGUGUGUGUGUGUGCACGUGGAGGAAGUAUGGCGGGCAGGCGGCGCCGCUGCAGCGUGAGGGGCUGCGAGCGGCGGCCGGGCGGCGACACCCAGUGUGGUUGUGCGUCGCAUGAUGGCUAUGCAAUGUGUUGUAUGUGUUUGUGGUGGUGUGAUGUGGAAGGGGAGGUGAUGCGGUACUGCGCGCCGCCACCUCACGGCCGGUCGCCCUGAUGCUUUGUCAUGGUGAGCGGUGCAGGCAGUGCGGCAAGUUCGCGAUUGGGGCUGCAAGGAUGCAAGCUGGCAGUGAGUGAGUAAGUGAGGCGGGGCUCCCUCGGUGUGUUUCGCAAAGGCUGGACGCAACACAACUGAAGAGUGACGACAGAAGAAAAGCAAUCGAAAGCAACCUGCACUUACAAAGCUGUAAUCGAGUGAGUCUGUUGGCUGUUGGCGGGACGCGUACGGUACACAGAACGACACCUGCGGCUUGGGGGCCUCAGGGGCGCAGAGAGUGUGGUGCUUGUGAUGCUGUGUGGGGCGCUGAUGGGCUCUGCGAUGAACGGCCACAGCACACGAUGGCUAGCGUCAGAGCUCACAGAGUUGAAUGUGUGUUUCUCGAUGGCCCUGCAACUCCCUUCGCGCACGACUCAUCUCCCUGCCAGAACCGGAAAUGCCUGGGGCAUAAAUCGCAUGAUACCGUAAUCGCGCUGUUGGAGUCCUGUCCUGAGCUCGGGCCUGGGGCCGCCGUCCAUGGCUCUACCUCGUUGCGGUUGGCAGCUGUCGUUGCGAUCAGUUGGCAGUUACAAUUCGCGACGGGUGGCACAAUGCCAGUAGCUGCUGCCAGCACUGCUGCUGACGGCGGUCGCAUGUUGUCCUUGAUGUUGUCGCGCUGGCGUUGCUCCCACCGCUCAUGACCAGGGGGGGCCCUGGCAGUUGGCCUACAGGCAGUACGUACAGUACACGCGCGUACGACUGUAAGCCACUGCCACA